CGUCCGUCCCCUUUGACGUCAUCACGCUGCGCCGUGUUGACAGUCGUAGCGGUGGUUCGGUUCGGUUCGGUUCGGCUCCAGAGGAUGAAGAGCAGAGUGACCCACAUUUGGUUUUAACGGAGCUGCUCACGGGCUCGGUUCAGUUCGGUCGUAGCUGCACAGAAUGAGGUGAUGAAGAGACCAAAGCUGGUUGGAGUCUUCCUCUUCGUGAGCUGUCUGCUCGCCUACCUGAUGUUUGUCAAACGUCACUUCAACACCACCAAGCCUCAGGCCUUCAAACUACCUCCACCCCACCCACCGGCAUCACCUCCACCUGCCGCCGUGCAGAGCUUCCAGUACGGCAUCAUGUUCGACGCUGGCAGCACGGGGACCAGAGUCCACGUCUUCAAGUUCCAGACCGAGGACAGAGAAGCUCCCAAACUGGCCCACGAGACGUUCAAAGCCAUCAAACCUGGACUGUCUGCGUACGCUGAUGACCCAGAGAAGUGUUCAGUGGGGAUCGUGGCGCUCCUGGAGGUGGCUAAGUCCAGCGUGCCCAUGUCCAUGUGGAACGCCACCCCUGUGGUCCUGAAGGCCACGGCCGGCCUCCGCCUGCUGCCUGGAGAGAAAGCCAAACAUUUACUGGACAAGGUGAGGGCGCUGUUUCUGGAGUCCCCGUUUUUAUCCAGAGAUGACAGCGUGUCCAUCAUGGACGGCACUGAUGAAGGUAUCUCUGCGUGGAUCACGGUGAACUUCCUCAUAGGUGACCUCCACAGCGCUGACACAGUCGGCAUGUUGGAUUUGGGCGGAGGCUCGACUCAGAUCACCUUCAGCCCUCAAGACGAGAAAACCAUCCAGACGUCGCCCAUCGACUUCAUCAGGUCCUUCCAGAUGUUUAACAACACACACACGGUGUACACUCACAGUUAUCUUGGUCUGGGUCUGAUGUCGGCUCGACUCGCCGUGUUAGGAGGCGUCGAUGCGUCACCACGUACGGGGGCAGCACUGAGCUGGUCGUCCGUGCCUGGUCAGAGUACUCGGCAGGUGGAGCAUGCUGACGUUGUUUACACUGUGAGGGGUCAGAAAGCAGGGGAGCCGGUUUAUGAGGCGUGCCGCAGCAAAGUGGAGAAGGUUCUGUACAGGCAGGUGGAGAAGGUGUCCGAGGCCGCUGACAUGGAGUUCUACGCCUUCUCCUACUACUACGACCGGGCCGUGGACCUGGGAGCUAUCGAGGAGAAGAGUGGAGGAACCAUCCGGAUGUCUUAUUACAUGGAGGCAGCUAAACGAGUCUGUAGCAGUCUGUCCGUCAGUCCUCCUCAGAGUCCGUUCCUCUGUCUGGACCUGGUCUACAUCUCAGUCCUGCUGCAGGAGCUCGGCUUCCCCCCAGACAAACAGUUCAAGCUGGCAAGGACGAUCCACAACGUAGAGACGAGCUGGGCUCUGGGAGCCACGUUUCAUUACAUCGAGUCCCUGAAGAGACACUGAUGCUUUUAUUGUGAAAAACCUCAACACACACAUCCUGAAUGUUCAGACCUCACCUGGACCCAGACCCGACCAGACCCGGACCCAGACCAGACCAGACCAGACCUCAGUGGAGCCUGACACCUAUUUGGCUGGUCCCUGGUGAUGUCACAGUGGACCUGAACACAUCGUCUGAGCAUUGAAGCUAAUGUGCUGCUAAUGUGUAGCUAUCAUGAAGCUAACAUACUGCUAACAUGAAGCUAAUGUGAAGCUAACAUGUAGCUAUCAUGAAACUAGCGUGAAGCUAACAUGGAGCUAACAUGUAGCUAUCAUGAAGCUAACAUGUAGCUAACAUGAAUCUAACAUGUAGCUAACAUGAAGUUAACAUGUAGCUAACAUGAAGUUAACAUGUAGCUAUCAUAAAGCUAACAUGAAGCUAUAAUGAAGCUAACAUGUAGCUAUCAUAAAGCUAACAUGAAGCUAUAAUGAAGCUAACAUGUAGCUAACAUGAAGCUAACAUGUAGCUAUCAUGAAGUUAACAUGUAGUUAACAUGAAGCUAUUAUGAAGCUAACAUGAAGCUAACGUGUAGCUAACAUGAAGCUAACAUGUAGCUAUCAUGAAGCUAACAUGUAGCUAACGUGGAGCUAACAUGAAGCUAACAUGUAGCUAUCAUGAAGCUAUCAUGAAGUUAACAUGUAGUUAACAUGAAGCUAACGUGUAGCUAACAUGUAGCUAUCAUAAAGUUAACAUGUAGCUAACGUGGAGCUAACAUGAAGCUAACAUGUAGCUAACGUGGAGCUAACGUGGAGCUAACAUGAAGCUAACGUGGAGCUAACGUGGAGCUAACAUGAAGCUAACGUGGAGCUAACAUGUAGCUAACGUGGAGCUAACGUGGAGCUAACAUGAAGCUAACGUGGAGCUAACAUAAAGCUAACGUUCUGCUCAGUCUCCUCUGACAUCACUGAACAUUAAAGGUACUGUAAACCAGCCAAUAGCAGACGCUCGUCAGCAGGUGUCAGGUUUCAUCUGACCGUCCAAUCAUACGCUCCAUUGGUUCCUCACAAACUGCACUUUGCUUCAUAGUGACCUCAUGGAAACGCUCAGAGAACCUACAACAAACGUUCAGAGAACUAAUUUCUUCUUCUGUGUUUUUAUUAACGGUGGACGGGUUCUUAAGGUGGACUGUUUAGUUAUUAAUUGGUUCUUAAGGUGGACUGUUUAGUUAUCAGGGUCUAAAGGUUGUUUAUUUUUUUAGUUUAUGUUGAAUGUUUCAAACUGUUUGUGCCAAAAAUCGUCGACAAUGUUUCUGAUCGGUUCUGUUCAGACCGGUCCAGACUUCAGGCCGUCGUGGUUCUGAUCCUCCUCGGUACCUUCAACCCGUCAGAUCUUCUGACUCGCCAUGAAAGGUGCUGAUGAUGUCAUAUUUAAUGUAUUCAGCUGCAGUGGUACGUUCAGGACUGACGAGCGUCUGAACGACCUCACGCGUUGAACUUUUCUAUCGACAGCGGCUCUGAUUGUUUUUCUACUCUGAAGGAACUUUUUACACUUUUCUGCAAUAAACGAAUGUUUGAAAAGCUGAAGAGCCAAAUUUAAAUAUCAACAACUUUAAUAUUAAUUAAUAAACUCUAAAUAUUCAAAUUACUACAGGAGGAAUAAUAAACUUUAUUUUCAUGUUCACA